GAGUGGCCGCGGCCGGGGAGGUCACUCGGCGGCUGAAGUGGCUGCUCUCACACGCGCUCCGCGCGCUCACUCCGCUCACCUGGCUCGGGUGCCACCCCGACGCGCGGCGCACGCCGGCUCUGUGGGACGGAGCCCUAACCCUUCAGAGCAGCAGAAUCUGGCAGCAUCACCCGAUCGCUGCAGCCAGCAAGCCCUUGUGUCCCGAGGUCACAUGGGUCCCGAGGUCGCCUGCCCGUGGAGGGGCCAUCUGCCUCACUUCCAGGUGAGGACCUGGAUCGAGCCCGUCGUGGCCUCGAUCCAGGUGGCCAGCUCCCUCUACGACGCGGGACUACUCCUGGUGGUGAAAGCGUCCUUCGGGACCGGGGGCUCCUCCAACCACAGCACCAGCCCGUCGCCCCGGGGGGAUCCAGAGGACCAGCAGCAGAAGGCCAUCUCCAAUUUCUACAUCAUCUACAACCUCGUCGUGGGCCUGACGCCCCUGCUGUCCGCCUAUGGACUGGGCUGGCUCAGCGACCGCUACCACCGCAAGAUCUCCAUCUGCGUGUCGCUGCUGGGCUUCCUGCUCUCCCGCCUCACACUGCUGCUCAAAGUGCUGCUGGACUGGCCGGUGGCAGUGUUGUACGCGGGUGCCGCGCUCAAUGGGCUGUGCGGCGGCUUCUCAGCUUUCUGGUCCGGGGUCAUGGCGCUGGGAUCUCUGGGCUCCUCUGAGGGCCGUCGCUCCCUGCGCCUGAUUGUUCUCGACCUGGUCUUGGGCUUGGCGGGGUUCUGCGGGAGCAUGGCCUCGGGGCAUCUCUUCAAGCAGAUAACUGGGCACUCUGGGCAGGGCCUGGUGCUGACAGCCUGCAGUGUAGGCUGUGCGGCUUUUGCCCUUUUAUAUAGCCUCUUGGUGCUGAAGGUCCCUGAACCCGUGGCCAAGGCCAGCAGGAAGCUCCCAGCAGUGGAUACCGUGUCUGGCAUGGUGGGCACCUAUCGCACCCUGGAUCCUGAUCAGCCAGACAAGCAAAAUGUAGGGGGGGACACCCCAUCUCCCGGAAGAGCAAGACCCAAAAGAACCAUCAUUGGCCUGCUCUUUGUGGGUGCCAUCAUCUAUGACCUGGCUGUAGUGGGCACAGUGGACAUGAUGCCCCUUUUUGUGCUGAGGGAGCCUCUCAGUUGGAACCAAGUGCAGGUGGGCUAUGGUAUGGCUUCCGGGUACAUCGUCUUCAUCACCAGCUUUCUGGGCGUCCUGGUCUUCUCCCGCUGCUUCCAGGACACCACCAUGAUCAUGAUUGGGAUGGUCUCCUUCGGGUCAGGAGCCCUCCUCUUGGCCUUUGUGAAAGAGACAUACAUGUUCUAUGUUGCUCGAGCCGCCAUGCUGUUCGCCCUCAUCCCCAUCACGACCAUCCGUUCAGCCAUGUCCAAACUCAUAAACGGCUCCUCUUAUGGAAAGGUGUUCGUCAUACUGCAGCUGUCCCUGGCUCUGACCGGGGUGGUGACAUCCACUGUGUAUAACAACAUCUAUCAGCUCACCAUGGACAAGUUCGUGGGCACCUGCUUUGUUCUCUCCUCUUUUCUCUCCUUCCUGGCCAUCGUCCCGAUUGGCAUCGUGGCCUAUAAACAAGUCCCGUGGUUGCAAUAUGGAGACAGGACAGAGAAAUGAAGGCGCUGAUCUGCAGAAGCUGAAAACACCAGUCACGGCCAAGUUCCCCUGAAGACCAAGGAAGGGACGAGAGAACUGGUGACCAAAGUAAACCCCCUGUCCAAGAAACCCAAGUUCCAGCCAGAGAUGGACCUGCGUGGCUCAGGGGUCCCUGGUGGGUGGGGUAAGCACUUUCUGAGUGAUGGAAGAACUUUCUUAGCUUUCAGUGCCCGUUAGGCAGAGGUGAGGUUCAGUUGGGUGCAGGUGGUGUGCACAGCCAUCCCAGGCCCUGGAAGGGGCUUCAGCCUCCAGCUGCAGCCAGCCAGCACCUUUCUUCCGGGGACUGUCUUGAGGGCUCCAAGACAGGGCUGACUGGUCACUUGGGUGCUGUGCAGGAGGUCCCAUGGAGAACCAAAACCCUUCGUUCCCAACAGCCCGAGGGAUAUUUUACAAGAAUUGCCAACAGUUUUGGGUAUACAAUAGUUUACCCAAAUAUUUCAAAUUAAAAUAAAACCUUGAAAAAAAAAGUUAGCUUUCUUUCCUGAGGCCUUGUUAGCUGUGAACACUCAGGAAAGCAAGGGAGCGCUGGUCCUGGGCUUCAGGGGCGUGUUGCUAUCAUUGUUGCUUUAAAGAAACAAUUUAUGAAGAGCUUCCUUAAAGGAAUAGUCAAUUGAAUAUUUUCAGUCAACAAUACCUUCCAAAGCUGAUGGUAUGUAGGGAAAGGAGAUAUGAGAAGUCAUUUUAUUCUGAAGUACUUGUUAUUGUACAUUUUACUUACAUAUAUUAAAGUAGAUUUUAUAUAUGUAAUCAGCAUUCUCAGUAUGAGUGUAUGAAUCAUUCUUUUCCAGAUCAGAUUCCCCAUUACUCUAUAGCGGGGUAGGGAGACUAGGGAUUGAAUCCUGGGGUACUUAACCACUGAGCCACAUCCCUAGCUCCUUUUAUAUUUUGAGACGGGGUCUCACUUAGUUGCUUAGGGUCUUGCUAAGUUGCUGAGCCUGGCCUUGAUCUUCCUGUCUUGACCCUGAGCUGCUGGGAUUGCAGGUGUGUGCCACCAUGCCUGGCUAGUUACAGCAUUCUUAAAUGGCAGUGAAACACAUAAGUUAAAGAAUGCCUUCAAAUGCCUGGCAUCUGGGCUUAGAGGGUUUGUACCUCUGACACUCUUGCAGGGAGUUAACAAACCUGUAUGGCACAUCUACUCGGGUCCUGGCACCAUGCUAGGUGCAGAGAUACAGUUGAGAAUAAGGUGUGACUCUUCCUGCCCAAACACAGCAUACUGUCCAGCAGGUGAAGGGGACAGAAGAACAGGCAGUGAUGUAACAAAUGCUAACAGAGGGGCUCAUAUAACCCAGACCUGGGAGAACAGACAGGGCUUCCCAGGAAUGGCAUCUAACAUAAGACAGGAAGGAGAAGUCACCAAGGCCAGAUGUUGGGGGACAUUCCAAGCAGAAAGAACAUCCUGACAGACAGGCCCAAAGGGAAAUUUUCCUAAGAUACAGGAAUUCAAUGUGAAGGGAGCAAAAGAGGAAGGUGGGACAGAUGAGACUGGAGCAGUGAGGGGGGACAACAGAGAAGACUUUCCAAAAAUUUGUUAGAAUAAUAGGAUAGCUGCUGAAGGAUCGCAGCAUGCUUCGGCACGAGGGAAGCUCUGUGGGAAGAGCAGCAGAAAAGAGAUGUGCAAAAAGGAGACAAGUGAAGAAGCCUGCCACAAUCCAGGUGAGGAGGGCGGUGGGCUGGCACACUGGACAAGAAGCAGUGGGCAGGAGCAAGGGGCGUGGAGAAAGAUGUGGAGCUAGAGGUCAACCAGAGUUGGAGGCUGGCGGACUGCAGAGGGUGAGGUAGACGGAGGCUUGGGCCAUGGAAGAGGCGGAGCGCCUCACCGAGAGAGCAACAGGGGCGAGGCUGAUGGGACCAGAAAGACAGGCCAGGCCAAGCUCAAGCGCUCCAAGCUCACCAGCAUGCUCAUUCCUCUUGACUCCCUGCCUCCCCCCUGGGCCCCUGACCAGUACCCCCGCCAGCCCCCGGAUGAAUCCGAUCAUCAGCUUCUCCAUUCCUGCUCUCAAACAGUUUGCUCCUAAGGGCCAGGGGAAUUCCCUGAUUUGCCCACAUUGACCCUGCUCUCAGCCUGUGGGUUGAGAAGCCUGAAUUGGACUCUCAAAGCCCCAGUCUUUGCUCUUCAACUCAAUUUGCCAUCAGAAUAGAAGUUUCAAACCUUCUCACCUGGCCCAGGGUGACCUUCCUGAGAGCUGCUCUAACCCAGAGGUUCUCGGAUCAGCAGCAUCAGCAUCACCUGGGAACUUGUUAGAAACGCCAACUGUAGGGCACCACUUAAAUCCAACUCUAGGAAUGGGGCCAACAGCUCAUGUUUCCAUAAGCUGCCAAAUUCUUGAACCAUCACUCUAACCUAUAGAGCCUGACCCCUCUAAGAACUUUCCCCAAGUCCUCCUCCUCCUGUCUCUGCAUCCUUAAUUCUUGAGGCCCUGAAAGCCCUGCCCUGAUUAUCUUCUCAGAUAACCUGGGCAACUCCCAUGGACUCCAGAACUCUAUUUUCAACAGCUGUGUCAACCUCUCCACCUCCAGGUACAUCCAAACCAAAUUAUUCUUAUCCCACUCCACCACCUAAGCCUAUUACAUCUUUUAUUUAUUCUCUCCCGACUGGGUUCAGGUAAAGGCAGCGCCUCCAGUUCCCAGCCUGGAAAUCUCCAAAUCACCUGACCCACUCUCCUCACCACAGAAACCACAGUUCAGCUGCUCAUUUCCUCCUCUGUCUCUAUCACGCCUUGCCAUGGCCUUUGCAAUCUAGUCCUCUCUAUUCCCUUGGCCUUCAGCAUCCUGUCUCGAUAUCUUCUUAAAAAGAAAAAAGGCCUACUUAAAAACAACAACAAAUGAACCCAACCCAACUGGAAAAAUAUAGAGGAAAGGCUGUUACCUUAAUAUUUAAAUUGGCCAUAAUUAAACAAUAGGAAGAGUCUUUCCAAAAGGAGUGCCCACCAUACACUUAGGGGCUUUCUGUGCAUAAGGCGAGUCCUACCAACAACCUUGCUAGGAAGACUCGUCUUCAUUUCAAAGAUCCCAAUACUGAGGGUUCAGAGAGAUGUGACUUGCCCAAACCACACAACUAGUAAACAAAGGCUGAGAUCGGAUCCCAAACCUCCUUUUCUUAUCCCACCUUGCUGCCUCAUUUUGUACGACUGCUGUCUUAGAUGAAUGAUGUCUACUCUCAGAAAGGCGAUUCAGCACUAUUGUCAAUGUCAUUUCCAAAGCACUGCCACUGUCCCAUAAACUUCACAAGCACUCUGGCCUCUAAUGAGCAAAACACUCUUAACACUGAUGAACCAGAGGCAUUUCUUAUUUACCUACAAACUCUUCAAACACUUCCCAGCAGGAAAAGUCAGGAAGUGACUGUCCCUGGCCAAGAAUAUAAUGUGCUUUGCCAUGGGAUGCUGCAGGGAGAAAUCUCUCCUAUCAUGACUGGGCUGGUUGUCAGCCCACCUGCCAAUCACCACGGUCACUAUACUAGGUAGCUUCUUCAUCUCCCCAAAUUGGUACCAAUUUGUAAGAUGUAGGAGAAAGUAAACUGAGUGUGGCGCUAUAAAGAACUAAAGGACAAAAAUAGUUCAAUUACAUAUCUAUAUUUUUUUCUGUUGCUCUGUAUCCCGAAUCUUAUAGGCAAAUUGUUUUCUGUUCAGAAUAUAAGAAAACAAAGGCUGUGGCAACCAUGUUGUCCAGUCCUACAAAGGUAUAAAUGAGAACAGGACUCAAGGUAAAGAAAGCAUCUUUUAUAGGUUUAUUGGUCCAUUACUUUAAGUUAACUGAGGUAAAGAAACUUUGUUUAAAUUUACAAGCUAAUAGUUUAUCAAGCAAUACAAAUUCUUUGUUUACCUCAAAAUGUAAAAUACUAAUUCCAUAGUAAACAACAAACAGAUUUUUUAAUACACAGAUAAAUGGAAAAAAAAAAGUGGGCAAAAACUUCGUGCCAGCAUCGAAAAUUCAACAAAAACAACUUUUUUUCCCAUUCCAUAAUCUCUGGGUUCCAUAAUGAAGGAAAAAGGGUGACAUUCUUUUUAACAUUUGGUAGCUUAAUGAAAUAAAGACUUCUGGUCUGUAAAUAAACUGCUUUCUUAGCAACACACAUUCUUCUUGAGCACUUUUUAGUUUCACAGUUUUUGUUUUGGCUUAAUGGCAGCAUGAAGAGAAGACAACACGUUUACACACAGGACUUCAUCAAUACCUUGGAAGGAUUCUUCUUAUUCUCUUAAAAUUUUAAACAUAAAGAAUGAUUUCUAAAAUUAAAAACCACAGUCCAUAAUUUGGAAAUUUCCUAAGUAAAACUGUAAUCUCUUCUUUAACAGUUAAAAUACAAGUUAGAAAGUUUGCUGGCAGUUGAUUUCAUGGGAGUGUAUCGGGGGCAGGUCACCUCUCCAUGCAUCCCCAACUCACAGAGCUGAUGGGAACAGGCACACAGAAGUAAAAUGAACGGGGAUCACUGGGACAGGACCUCAGCCUCAGGGGUGUCUGGUGGACACUGAUGACCAUUAGAGAUGCUGGUUUGCUCCCACAAAAAGGCCCAGCCGACACGGCCACUGCUUGAUUACACAGACUCACAUUCUGCAACCUGCUUCUCCCAGUCCCCACUUCGACACAAGGAAAGAGUGAUUCCCUUUCCUCCUCCUAGUACCAUUUCUGAAAGAAAGGCUGAUCUAAGACCGUGAGCGAGCCUGUCCAACAGGCGUGUGGACAGGUGUUAGCUGCUCUGGCCCAGCCUAGAGAGAGCCCAGGAUCAUUUGGUGGCAGGGCGGUCCUUCUGGGAGAGGCAUGUCCACAACACUCUUCAUCUCUGGUUCAAUAACAAAAGCUUUGCUGAAGUGGACUCGAUUACGUGAGUCAACAGAAUAUGAUUUUGGCAUUUCAACCUGUGGAGAUUUUCCAUCCAAAACGUGCCCCUCUGAGGUCCCCACAGUAUCUUCAAAAGCUGUUCUGCAGAAUCAGGGUAAACCUUCAAUACUGUCAUAACAGAGUUCUUUGUAUCUAUGAUUUGUCAAUGCUGAUACCAUAUCCUCUGUAAUCAAAAGUAUGCCAAAAGGCACUGAGUUAAUCUUUCACACUUUAAAACAAUAAAAGGUGUUGUGGUCCCUGUGUUUCCUUACAUUAUUAAAAAUAUCAUUUGGCAAUAGCAAUGCUUAUUUCUCUCCUCCUGAAAGGCCACCUUCAUUCAUUC